AAGUCUGAUUUCCUCAAAUAUAAGUGCAUUAACCAAUCAAAAUGCAAAUUACAAAACAGUUGAAUUGGAAUGACAUAUACGAAUAGUCACGUGAUCUAGUGCGUACGUCACUUGAUUGUAACGUUACGUAUUGAGAAUUGGAAAUUGACGUCGGUAUCGUAUAAUGGAGACAAUAGGGCGAGAUUUAUGUCUUUUUCUCUCAAUUGUGGUAUUAUUUGCAAGACUGUGUAACUGUGAUAGUAUAAAUAAUUUGAAUUUAUACAAUUAUCUACUCGACUCGUCUAGAUACAAUCCCAACGUCAUACCUGUAUGUGAAAGCAAUGACCGAUUAUCUGUUCAAAUUGGAAUAACAAUGAGAGACAUUGUGGAAAUGAAAGAAAAGCAACAAUUAAUGCACCUGGAAAUAUGGGUUCGUUUGAAAUGGAUAGACUGCUUAUUGAAGUGGGAUCCUUUACAGUUUCAGAACCAGACUGAUUUGAUAGUACCUUAUUCCAAAAUCUGGAUUCCAGAUAUUACCCUAUUCGAAGGAACCAGCGUAGAAGGUGACCUGCCCAAUAUGGUAGAUUUCAGAGCCGAUAUUCAUCACACAGGCACUGUAAUGUACCUUUUUCCGUGUAUCGUGACAGUCGCUUGCAAAAUGAACGUGGCAUAUUUUCCUUUUGACCAUCAAGUGUGCAGUUUGACAUUUGGUUCCUGGAUUUACUCGUCAAAGUAUUUAGACUUGGUAAAGGAGGGAGACGAACUUGAUAUAUCCUAUUUUGUAGCACAUAAUGAAUGGCAAGUGGUGGAAUCCGCUAUAAUCAAACACAAUAUAUACUAUAAUUGCUGCUCUGACCCGUUUCAAGAUAUAACCUUUCAUAUUCAUAUUAGGAGAAAACCUGUAUUCUAUGUGGUAACCAUAAUUUUGCCCUGUUUAUUGAUCAAUAUGUUAACUGCCGCGGGUUUCGUGCUGCCAUCAUUUUCAGGAGAAAAGAUUUCAUUACAGGUUACCGUCUUCCUUUCUCUAACCGUAUAUCUUUUGCUUAUUCAAGACAUAUUGCCGUCUUCAUCUGAAAACUUUCCCCGUCUAGCCACCUAUUUUGCUUUAUCCAUGACGCUUAUUUGCCUCGCGUGUGGUUUCUCCAGCAGCGUGUUAUAUCUUUAUUACAGAUCGCCAAAAGACCACCAUAUUUCUCCGUGUGUUCGUUUCCUUUUUCUGAAUGUAGUUCGAAAGAUAUUGUUUAUUAGAUCUGAGCAAGAAUUCGAUAAUCAUAACGUUACGCAGAUCACAAGUUUCUUGAAUUUAAGACAUACCGAGAUUGUUGAAGACGGGGGAUAUAGUAUUAAUGCGAAACUUUCAACUUCCGCCAAGGGUUCAAUCACUAAAUUUUCUCCAGAGAUUAUUGACAAUGAAAGGGACCAGAAUACCAAUGAAUGGGAACUCUUUGCUAGCGUAAUGAACCGAUUGUUCAUAUUGGUUUAUCUGUAUCUAAUUUUUGUAAACUGCAUUGUUUUUUUCUCAUUAAUGAUGGGGAAUUAUGAUGGAAUGGAUAUUAAAAUGGAUUAACGUAAAAUACAUGUACUUUAUCUCUUAGCAUUAGUUGUGUGAAGUUGGAAAUGAAAAUAGGUACAUCAUUUAAACUCACACACCCCUCCAAGUUAAUUUCAUUUAACGUUAGAAAUACACCCUUUGGGAAGUUUUUUUUAAAGAAAUGACUGAUUUAGUUAGAUAAUCAAGACUACAAGUGACUAUACAUUUACCCAGAUGGUGAAUCUAACCUGCAGUCAGGGAGGAAUCGAUUCAAGCCUUUUAUAUUUGUUAUACAUAUACUUUUUAAAAACAAGAUGCCUUUCAGUUACAUGUAUAUAUAUUACUGCUUUAUAAAUAUGUGUUUAUAAUAAUAAAACUUGGGAAAUUGCUCGACAGGUGAGGUUUUUUCUUCUUCCAGCAAUAGUGUAUCUCUAGACGACAGUGGAAGUUGAAAAAUAGCAAUAUU